CGCAGAAGUUGUUUGUUAAACAUCCAAGCCUAUACCACUCGAUUCCGUACAAAUCAAUUCGAUUCGAUUCAACAUGGCUCGCGCAAAGAAGGCUCCCGUCCCUCCUGCCGGCCGAACCAACUCGGUUCGAACCGGUUCGGCUCGUAUCGGAUCCACUGGCUACUGGUUCACCGGUACCCCGGAGGGCGACCCUUUCAAUGCAGAUCAGCUCAAUUCGAUCGGAAUCGGAUCGUUUACUCUGGGUGGUCAGAAGCUGGAUGAAGCCUACAAAACCAAUCCGAACAUGACCAAAAAGGAAUUUGAUCAGACUCGAAUCGCCUUGGAAAAGAUUCUUGCGAGCAACUCCAAGCUUGGAAAGAAUCUUUUGGUCCAGAAUUCAGUCCUUGCACGUCCCAUUCAGCUUGUUCACGGCUUGAACCAGAUCGAUCCGACUCGAUCCAAUCAGCUCACUGACGCUGCAGCCUACGUCAGCUGUGCCCCGGAGAAUUCUACCAUCUGCCGCCAGUGCGCCAGUGCGAGUGCUUCCGGUCCGUUUCGAAUGUGCAUCAAGGUGGAUUCGGACUUCAAUGCAGCUUGUUUCAACUGCCAGUACUCUGGUUCUGCCAACCACUGCUCGUUCUACUCUGGUACCAAGGGUAAAGGCAAGGCAGCGGCAACCGAGUCGGAUCCAAUCGAAUCGAUUCUGAACAGCCUUGAAGACUACAAGGCUGGCACUCUCGAGGCUCUGAUCAAUUCGAUUCAGGAGGAAUUGGAUUCCCGCGCCGACGGUACUCCUGCCGGCAAGAAGCGCAAGCACUAAUCCAGCUCGAAUCGGCCCGAAUCGAUUCGAUACGACACGUAACGUCUCAGAGCGGGCAAUUUCGACAAUUCAGCUGGUUUCGACUUGUUUCAAGGCAUUUAGCAUGGAGUAAAGGGUACAUGCAUUGAUUCCCCGCGGUAAUACACAGGAACGACAGCUUGCGAAUGGUUUCAGAUCGAUUUGAUAUGAUCCAACUCGGUAUCAUAUGAUUAGUCAUAGAUCAAUAGCAAUACAGUGCGAUUCAAUUCAAAA